AGGGAAGGGAAGAUCCCAGAAACAGGAUAAGGAGAACAAGGGGGAGCCCAGGAAUUGAGAUGGGGGAUCCCAGAAACAGGAUGAGAACAAUCAGGGGGACCCCAGGAACUGGGAUGGGGAGGGCAGAGGGGACCCCAGACCCCUGUGCAGUGUGGGGGUCUCAGGCGCUCGGGGUCUGUCCCACCCGUCCCCGUUUCCCCCCUCUCCCACCCCAUCCUUGUGCCAGGAAGGUGAAGGAGCUGUCGGGGAGCCCCCCUGGAGCACAGGACCCCCCCCAGAACUGGGUGGAAAAAGGGGGGAAGGAGUGAAAAGGCAGCAUGGGGGACAGCGGGGUCCCCUCGGCGUGUCCCCGGCAGGACGGGGACGCGGCGCUGCCGGAGCGUGGGGACGGUGGAGCUGAGACCCCGCGGGAUCCCUCGGCUGCUCCCGUGGAUUCCCAGAGCCCCAGCGAGCCCCUGGAUGGUUUCCCCCUGAAGCAUUCCAACACCUUGACCAACAGACAGAGAGGCAACGAGGUGUCAGCGCUGCCGGCCACGCUGGACACGCUGUCCAUCCACCAGCUCGCUGCCCAAGGGGAGCUCAUCCAGCUGAAGGAGCACCUGAGGAAAGGUGAGAAUUUGGUGAACAAACCCGACGAGAGGGGCUUCACCCCCCUGAUCUGGGCCGCAGCUUUCGGGGAGAUCGAGACCGUGCGGCACCUGCUGGAGUGGGUUGCCGAUCCCCACGCGCUGGCCAAGGAGCGCGAGAGCGCGCUGGCCCUGGCCAGCAUGGGCGGCUACACCGACAUCGUCACCAUGCUGCUGGACAGGGACGUGGACAUCAACACCUACGACUGGAACGGGGGCACCCCCCUGCUCUACGCCGUGCGCGGGAACCACGUCAAGUGUGUGGAGGCCCUCCUGGCUUGCGGCGCUGACCUGACCGAGGAGGCGGAUUCGGGGUACACCCCCAUGGACCUGGCCGUGGCCCUGGGACACAAGAAAGUCCAACAGGUUAUCGAGAACCACAUCCUGAAGCUGUUCCAGAACAAGAAGAAGAAGAAGUGAGGCAGCAGCUCCAGCUCUUCCCAGGAUCACCAUGGCCUCAUCCUGAUGCUCCAGGCAUGGGGAAAUCCAGGAAUUUCUGCCCUCGUGGAUCCAAGCUUCACCCGGGGGUGGCAUGGCUGCCGUGCCUGAAAUCCAGGGACACUCAUUCCAGCCCUGGCUGGGCUCGGCUGCUCUGUGUUUGCCAUCAGAAGUAAACUCUAAUUGCAAUUAAA